AUGGUAUAUGCGCAGACAACGUUCUUCGGUGGCGACAUCGGUGAUGUGAUUCUAAGCGAGGUGCAUUGUCAUGGCAACGAAUCGUCUUUGAGCGAGUGCUACCACGGACAGUUUGGCGACGUUUUCUGCCCGGGACAAGAGAACAUCGCUGGAAUUAUAUGCGCAGAUGAGCUGUCUGAUCUGGAGAUCGACGCCCCCAUCUUGGAGCAGAGCGUGUACCUGGAGGACAGGCAGCUGUACCUGCUGCAGUGUGCGAUGGAAGAGAACUGCGUCGCCAGCGAAGCCUACACGGAAGAGUUCAGGGCAGACUAUAGAGCACCUGAUCACUCCCACCGCCCUGGUGUGCUCAACGCUGUCCAGCCUGGCUCUCGAGGUGAGGAACCAUUCCGCCGCAACGCUCCCGCGUAG